AUGGCUACGAAAACAGUUACCCCAAAGACCCAAAAACCUAAAGUUAAUAACUUUGUAUUGGUCUUAGAACAGUUUCUAGAAAAGUAUAAUUUAAUGGCAUACUUUACUUCAAAACAAUUAAGCAAACAUGCUCCCAAACUUGAUGCUCUAUUUCUCAAUUGGAUGACCUGCAGAUGUGUUAAAGUCACUUUUGCCAGAGGUACUGGUAACAGAUGCUUAUUUAGUGGAGAGCAGGUAGAGGCUCUCUUACCGGAUAAGAGAAAGAGAAAACUCACUAUAAAGGAAAGGACAAAAUAUUGCGCUAAAAUUGGUGAUAUUAUGGAUAUUUUCACCCAUCAUUUAGAUUUAGGCCCAAAGAAUGAUUAUGAAAAUGAAAUAGUCACCAGUGGUUCACAGCAAUCACAAUUUUGUGUGAAGUUAGCAGAAGCUGGGAUAAGUCCUAAAAUUAUUAAUACCUAUGCCAAAGAUCCAAAACUUAUUCAAGAUAAAAGGAUUCAGAACAUAGAUGUUUUCAAAAUUCCUACUAGAGAGGAUCUCGUAGACAUAAUUGUAAUGUUGAGUAUGAGACCUGCAGAAGUAAGAUCUCUUCAAAUUAAUCACUAUGAACCAGAUCAUUCAAACAUUAUAGCAUGGUACAAAGAUGGCUAUUCUUGGUAUUGUACAGGUUAUUUAAAAAGUAGAGGAGAGAAGAAAAAAAAUCCUAAGCUCCGACCAUUUCUUUCUAUGAAGAAGAACCCAGAAUGUGCCAGAAAAUUGCUUACUUGGAUUCAAGAUACAAUUAAGGUUAAAAAGUUAUCUGACUCUGUCUUUACUGGAAAAGGAACAUAUUAUAGAAGUAAACACGCUUCCAGAAUCCAUGGUGGUAAGAAACCAACACCCCAAUAUCUUAAACUGUUUUCGAGAAUCGCAAUGAGACAAGAAUCAGACCACCUUGAUGCAAGUGAUAAUUACGCUAUAGGCGAUACAGAAUCAGAAAAGUCUGACUUCGAACCAAAGACAAGCAACAGUUCAAAACCUCAAAUACAGGCUUCUUUAUCAUCUCAAACAAUAGAAAUGAAUUCAAUUUUAGCUGAAAUUGAUGCAAUGUUAGCUGAAAUUCAGAAAUAA